CAUUCACCGGAGGGUCAGGGAUUAUAUAGCUAUCGGAUAUAAGCUUAGAAUGGAGAUGAAACAUAAGCCAUAAAGUUGAUCACAUACUUGAGAAACAGAUAUUUUAUUGGAAAAGAAAUGGAAAAGAAAAAGAAAAGAAACAAAACAAAAAGCUAGGCUUUGGAAUAAUUCUAGGGUUUUAAUCUUCAAUGAGGUUAAAGAUCGUAUCAAGAACGAGAUUCUUCAUGAACUCCUCGUCGCAAUCCUUGAGCUUCUUCUUCGUCUCCUCAGAUGCAUCUACAUGAUCAUCAUCAUCAUUAAAGGAAGAUAUACAUGUUUUUCGAUUGUGAAUAGGAAAUCACAAUUAAGAGAUUAACCGACUCCUAAACAUUAUAAAUAGAGACCUUCUUCGACUCCUUUCAUUCACACAUCUUUGCAUAAUUCAUAGAUCAAUUCUUUUUUUUCAUCACCCAAAAAAACACCACAAAACGAUCGACGAAACCAAUAUGUCUUCCCAAAAGAUCGUGUUGGUGAGCUCUGAUGGCGAGACUUUCGAAGUUGAGGAAGCGGUGGCGAGAAAACUUCAGAUCGUAGGACACAUGAUCGACGACGACUGUGCCCAUAAACCGAUCCCGCUUCAAAACGUUACAGGAAAGAUCCUCGCCAUGGUUGUCGAGUAUUGCAAAACACACGUCAACGAUGUAGAUGAUGCUGCUGCUGAUGAUAAAGAAGAGAGCGAGGAAGACAAGAAGAAGAAGAAAGCUGAUGCUGCUUCAGCCUCUGGAGAUGAUACCGACAAGAAGCUUGAGGUCGAGGCUUUUGACAAAGGCUUCUUGCAGGAUUUAGAUUUGGAAACCAUCUUCCAAAUCAUUCUCGCUGCUAACUAUCUCAACGUGAAAGGCCUUCUUGAUCUCACUUGCCAGAACGUUGCUGAUCACAUCAAAGACAUGUCUGUAGAGCAAGUUCGAGAAAUCUUUGGCAUCCAGAACGAUUUCACUGAGGAAGAAGAGAAAUCGAUUCGAGCGGAGAACGCAUGGGCUUUUGAAGAUGCUGCACAAGCUGAUCCAAAACCCUAACUUUUUUCUUGUUUCGUUUCUAAUUGUCGGUUUUUAGGGUUUCUUUUUUCUCCAUAUUUGA